UACAGGUGCGGAGGGCGGGGCAGGAGUCACAGACAGAGGAGGAAGAACGCAGAAAGACCGAAAGAGACCGUGGGGAUGUAAGUGUGUAUGCGAUUUUCGGCGCUGCAGGUACAGCGACAUACAGCUUUCUUCCCCAGUCGGGGAACACCAUCUCCCGGAUACAUUACAUUUCUCCCCACAAUGUCUGGUGGAGGAGAAGUCCGUGUUCUCCGCCAGGAGGCUGGGCAGGAGAGCCCGACGAUGCCGGCCUGGAAACGAGAGAUUCUGGAGCGGAGGAAAGCAAAGGGUGGCGGGUCUGGAGCAGGAGCGGCUGAGCUUUGCCCUAGCGCGAGCUCAUCGCGGGUUAAUGGCGAAGUAACGGGAAACAGCAGCGCCCCCAAAAAAGACAAUGAAACCAACGCUGAUUCAGUUCGGAACUACACCAUCAUUCCAGCGAGCCAGCACUUUGCAGGCAAGCGUGGCAGUUCCCCCACCUCCCCAGAGCUCUCGCCGGUGAAAACUAACAAAGACCCCUUGACUGCCACCGACCCGUAUGACUCGGAGAAAACGGUAAACGAUGGCGAGGGACAGGAAAGUCUGGUUCUGCAGGACAGUCUAGGCCCAUUGCAGGAGAAUCCCUUCAUCAAACUGGAGAAGGAGCGAAAGAAACGGCAGGACAGGGAGUGUGCCAUUCGUCCCGUCCAGCACAUACUGGAAUUGUAUGGCAGUGUACCUGGAAUUCGGACUAUACGCGCUGAGAAUAUCAUUAUCAUAGAAUCCGAUCCGGAUUACUUUCCGGGGGCCAGUGGAAUAAAAAGCGGGUCUUAUCUGCAGCAGAAUGGGCUAAGCAGUUACAGCUCCCUCAAUGACCUCUUGGACAGGAGAGCUGGUGGGGUGACCGAGAUACGGGCAAAGGAGGUGGUUAUUUAUGACACCACACUAAGCAGGAGCGAGGAGAACUUGAGUACGCUAAGUCAUCCUUGUCACGAGGGCGCAUUCGAGACAGGAGAGGGUCAGGGCAGGGUGAGCCGCAUGCUGCAGAAAUUUGACAGCAACUACGGAAAACUGCAACCCAAGUCUCGCAGCACAGAGAACCUACUGGACUUGGAGACCAGUUCAAGCAGGCCAAGACAACGACCCAAGCCACAGCCAGAUCUGGUGCCAAAAUACAAAUCACACGCCCAGCCUAGCUCACCAGUCCGCACCCUAGGCACCACACAGUCAUCUUCCUCAGUCUCCCCCAGCUCCCAGUCUUCGAAACCAAAUCUACAGCCCCCUCUUUAUGAGCCUGACAGCAUCCUGCACUCUGCUGGACCCCCUCAAUCAGUGUCUUCCUACCGCCAGCGUUUUGAGGUGAGUGGGGGACACAGUGUGGUGGUCAACCCCAGAGAGAAGGCAGAUGGCCCCCAGACCAAGCCUUUCCGAGAGAGCGAUUGGGAGAGCACAGAGGUGCCCCCCAAAUCCAAGGUGCCAUGCUCUCCGGAUACCUGCCGUGCUCGUGCCGAGUCCCCUGCCACCCCCACCACACCCCUGAUGUCUCCCCCCUCUCCAGGGUUCAAGAUCUGUCCCUCGCCCCGCCCUGACCUCUCCCUGCUGCCUUCCGGGGACAUCCAGGCUCGUGCCCUUGCCAACCUGCGCCUCCAGUCCCGCAACUCCUUCACAGUCUUCCCCAAACGCCACAGAGCAGCCUCUUCCCCGGGAAGCACGGCCCCCUCCAGCCCCAUCAAGUUUCCUCCCUCCCAGAGAUUGGCAGAGAUGCCCACUCCAGGAGUGCCAAUUCCCAUUACCCCUCCACCCACCCCAGCAGCCUCCAAGAGGAAAGAGGAGGUGAGGGCAGCCAGGCCAACCAAACCAGACCCACCUCUCCCCACUGCCACCCAGCCCCCCUCUCCAUCCCCAGCACCCUCCUCAGUUCCCUCUAUCCAGUCGCCACCUCCAGAGGAUGCCCCAGCUGACCAGCUACCUGUCACCAACAUAGAUGACAUAGAUGUGGACCCUUCGAAGCCUGUAGCCCCCAGUCCAACUCUAGUGGUGCAUGGGCGGAAGGGGAAUACUUUCACUGUGGUGCCUAAACGUAAGUCAGAGCCUCAGCCUGGCUCUCCAGAGCCCCAGGAGCCCUCCGGAGGGGCCCAGACCCCCCCCACGCCAUCCCAGGCCCCCUACACCCAGCUGGGUUCCCUGCUGAAGAAGCGCUACCCUGCUGUGGAGGAGAUAGAGGUUAUUGGUGGUUACCAGUCCCUGGGACGCUCCUGCCUCAUCAAGACAGGCUCCACUGGCAAGAAGCUGAAGAUAUCGUUCAACGAGUCGAGCAUGCAGAGCAGCUAUGAGUACCCAGAGAGCAGCGUGUGGGACAGCGGAGAGGAGGAGGAGGAGGAUGAUGAGGAGGCGGUGGCGGAAGGGAAGGGAGGAGGUCAGGAGGAGGAUCAACCCAGCAUGGUGGGCCGCAUCCACAUCCCUCGUCCGAGCUACACCAGCAACGGCACUGAUCUGUCCAGUUACAUUCCCAAGCACACAGUGGAUUUUAACAGCUGGCAGGAACAUAAGCUUGAUGACCCUGUUUACCAGGGGGACACCAAUUUCCAGCGCACACAGAUGUCAGGGGAAGUUAUGCUCACCCCAGCAGACAGCUCCUUGCUGUCAGAUUUCAGCAGUGAACCUGCUUUGUACUUCUGAUAUGCCUGGACCAAACAGGAAUGACCACUGCCCUACAGCUUGGACUCAGAACCACAGUUACACAACCCAGGCUGCGACCAGACUCCUACCAGUGCCCA